AUGAGGAGGGAAAGGAGGGAGAGAAAAUUUGGGUGGGGUGUUGUUGGUGGGAAUUUAGAAUGGUUAUUGGAGGGGUCACAGCAAAUUGUUAAACUGCAAAGUGGAGGAAACAGGUUUUGGGAAAUAUAUGAAAUUAGGGCAUUUAACAUUUUUCUCAAAGAAUUUUGCAGAAUUCUUUUGAACAGGUUACUUAACUUGGAAGACAAAAAUCUGCGGAACAACGUGUCAACUGUUGCAGCUGAUGGCAUUGCUUAUCAGGACGAUUGGCCCUACGCCAUUCACCUCCUCGCUCACAUUUACGUUCACGACAUGUAG